GAACUAAACAAAGCAAGCCUGGCUGCCAGGACCUGUGUAAGAAAAAAGCCACAGGCUGACUGUGAGAAUGAGGGGGCUGCACACUGUGGCAUCUCCCCCUCUUCCAGGAUCUCAAGCCUUGAUAUUUUCCAGUAACAGCCCACUUGCCUGUCUACCAAUCAAAACUGAUGCUGUGUGUGGGAUGGCCCAACUUGCCAUACUAAAAAGAGACCAAAGCAGAAUAAAUCAGGAGCAGCUACUACAGCAAGAAAAAAAAAAUCAUGAAAAACCCAAUGUAUGAAAUAGCAUCCCUGUUACUGGAAAAGUUACUUCUCCUUGCCAACUUUAAAGUCCUGGGGACAGGUUCCAGUGGAGAGGAGGAAGAGAAGAAAAAAUAUGUAUGUUGUUAUGACCCUACCUAUUUCAAACCAGGAGAUUUGCUAGAAGUGCCUCGCACUCUCUUCAUUCAUUUUGGCAUUUAUCUGGGGGAUAACCAAGUAGCACAUCUUAUGCCAGACAUUCUGCCUGCUCUCACUAAUGACCAGAAACUGAUACAGAAAGUAGUGACUAACAAAAGACUUAUCUUGGGUGUCAUCACAAAAAUGGCAAGGAUCCGAGUGGACACAGUGGACGACUUUGCCUAUGGAGGCUCCAUCCUGGUGAAUGGUAUGGAUAAAUUUUUCAAAAAUUGUAUCCUCUGUAAUGAUGAAGUGGUCCACAGAGCAAAAAGCCUGAUAGGCACAACCGAAUACAGCUUACUUUGGAAGAACUGUGAACAUUUUGUGACUUUCUGCAGAUAUGGUUCUUCAGUCAGCUUCCAGACAACCAAGUUUUGUGAAACAGUGAAGAUGAUCAUUAGAGACCAGAGAAGCGUACUUGUUUCGGCACUGCUGGGACUGAUUUCUAUACUCUAUCUGGGUCUGAGACCCUCUACCACUCUUCCAACUCUCAUCAUUCCAUUUAUGCUGUGGAUGGCUGGUUAAUGAAUCCCCCUACCCUCUGAUUUAUUGGCUAUUGUAAAUAGAAUGUAUCAUGUAUUUAUGAAAGCUCAAACUGUUAACUAAUACUAUAUACUGAAGAAAAUGUGAAAUGAUUAACAUAUAGCAUGUAGAAUACAGUGAACAAGCAAUAACUUUUGGAUUAAGCUACUGGAUUUUGUGAAAAACUUUCCAGGCCAUUUCAGCGAUGACCUUAUUAGGUUUAUUCCCAAGCAAAUGUGUCUAAUCUGCAGUUUUACACACAACAGUAAAUUUUGGGAAACUCAAUGGGUUUUACCUCCCAAGCAAAUUUGCAUAAUUUCAGAGUGAAUGAGUAAUAUGAACAAUGACAUUCUCUUGGAUAUAGGAGUGUUUUAGUAGUCAGAUAGUACAAAGCAAUGCACAUUUUAUGGUGUGUUUAAUAGCUGCUACCCUGGUUUGCAUCUUUUUCCAAUUUCCGUAAGAUUACUUUCACUAAGUGUAUUUCUAUUUAAAUGACACAGUUGCCUUUAAGCAUCCUGCUUGGGCUUGAUGGACAAAAUAUUUGCACCAGAAUUGUCUUUGCUAUUCCUUGUUAAUUAAAUCCAAUAUAAAUCAGUCCAAAGGGCUUCUGUAAUCUCAAGAUAACUUACAAGCAAACGAGUGAGAAAGACAGAUAUUUGAAGGAAUAUGAAAGCUAUCUCCCUUUUGAAUAUUUUUUUCCACAUUGUAGACCAACCUUUCUUAACCUUUUGACCCUGGAGGAACCCUUGAAAUAUUUUUCAGGCCUUGGGAAACCCCUGCACAUUCAGGCUCAAAUAUAAACCAGAAGGUACAAAAUUAUUAUAUUCGUUUCAUGUGUAGUGUAUACCCCAUGGAUACACAUUCACACAAACAGCGAAUGGUCCAAAGAUAUCUUCAGAUUCCUGAUAAAAACUGUCUGUAUAUGAUGAAAAUUCACCUGUCAGCUUACUUCUAAGUACUUGUUCCUAAGAGAUCAACUACAGUAUGUUGUGAAUGUACUGCUUAAGCCAUCUUAGUGAAAUGUAUGCAUUAGAAGUACAGAAGAUGUACUUAUUUAUAGUAUCUUACUUACUAUAGAUGUACCUAUUUGAAGAAGAGUCUGACAUGCCAAUAUUUCUAAAAAGUGGUUCAUGAGAAUCCAGCCAGGAAUUGUUGGUGUGCUUGCAACUCUGCUGCCUGGACAUAGGCCCAACCUACUAUAUGUCUAU